AUGCUUAUAAUUUGGUAUGUGGCAAUAUAUUGCAUAGUUCUUAGUUUGGAACAGAAUAUUCCUUUGGUGCUAGAAACAGCUGCAAUCGACGAAAAUGUAAAGUUGGUUAUAUUUGGUAUGAGACAUGGCAAUUGUCAUCCGGGAAAGUUUUUGAACAAGAAUUCACGAACUUGGGGUUUCGAAGGAGUUCAUGAAUUAACACAGUUCGGUAAGCGUGAAGGAUUUGCUUUUGGCAAGGAGCUUCGUGAAUUUGUCGGUCCCUUUGUUGCUAACAACUAUAUGCAACAUGAAGUCGCAUUCUAUACUUCUAGUACGAAUCGUUGUCAAAUGACGCUACAGGUCGUUAUGGCAGGUUUUUAUCCACCAGAUACAUUUGCGGAAUGGAAUCAUGCUCUAGAAUGGUCACCAGUACCAUACACUAUCGACGAUUCAAUGCUACAAAUGCAUUCCAUCCCGAAUUGUAACACCACUCAGCGAGCUUGGGAGCCAAUCAUUUAUGAUAAUUUACCCGAAUUAGUGCACACGACCGUUGCAAAUGCGAAGCUGCUGGACUAUAUUGCGAAACACACGGGGUGGAAUAGAUCAAUCGAAAGCGCUUCUGACCUGGCCGAUAAUAUCGUUAAAAUGAACUUAUACAACACGAGCUUACCGGGAUGGAUUGAAAAGCCCACUUUGGAAGAAUUUGACAAGCAGUCGCUGAAAGAAGCCAUAAUGACGUUGCUAGAGAAGCAUCCACUUACUUGCGUCAAUUACGAACCUUGUCGCGAUAUUAUGGGUGGCAUCUGGCUCAACCAUAUUUUGACUGCUCUCCGUAAUGCUGUUGAUGGACAGCAAACUCGGAAAUUUAUUGGUUAUGUUUCGCAUCUGGAAGUGACGCUAUCGGUGAUGAAGUUAUUGAGAAUCAACCAAACUUAUCUUGAAACAACAGCCGGUUUCUUGUUGGAAUAUCGCGACAAACCGAAUAAAUCCAUUAGAUUGCUGUUUCAUGAAGCAUCAACUAUUGAUAGACAUAUUAUUCGACAGGCCAAAUACCUCAAAGAACUGAAAGAGUUGAGCGAUUCAAAUCAUUGGAUACCGUUCGAAUUAUUCUACCAACUUGUCAAAAAUAAAGCAAUUGCGAACUGGGAAGAAGCUUGCGGAGAAAAAAUAACACAGUGUGUAGCAACGGGAAGUGGUAGUAAAAUGCCAUUGCAAAGGACUGUCGCUGACAGUAAUAAUGGUGACACAUUGACUGAUAAUCGUACCACUUCCUCGGCUCCUUUUACUAUUUCUUUAUAUAAUAUUGUGAUACAUUUGCUGGUCACUUUAUGGUUUGUCUCAUGA